AUGUCGGCUCUUCUAGAUGUAUGCGGAAAUGAUACUGGGUCGCCAUCGAUAUCGAAGGCAGAUGAUAAUCUGUCCAAUAGCGAUGGGCCUCUGAUUAAAGGCAUUAUCCGCCAAAAUAGUUGCGGCAGUAUGCAUACGAGGACAAUCGCUUCUUCGUAUGGCAUGUCGUCGACGAGUGAAAAAUCUACUAAAAGACGUUAUUGUCUCUGGAUGUUGACUUUGGUCCUGGCAAUAAUCGGUCUCUGUAAUCUUUUUCUAAACAUUACUGUCAUCGCUGUUUUGCGCAUAAGUCAAGGAAUGGAAGCUAUAGAUAUUAUACACAUUUUACAUUUUCUGAAGAUAUCCCUGCAGUCAGGCAUCUGUCAGAGUUACGGCGAUGAGCCAAUGGAAAUAUCUGGUGAUGAAGCAGGAGUACAUGUUGAUGUGAAGAGUCGCGGAUACACCCACGAAGCAUAUCUGCAUUCGAAGCUAGGCGUCUUACCGAAUGGUACCACUAUGUCGCAAGUAGAAUCAUUUGAAGUGAAGGAUCCACGUACCGGUACAAUUUACUUUACUACAGACUUCCCUAACUUUGGUCUACCAAACGGCGUCGAAACGAUCGACGUAAGAAUCGCAGAGACUCAUCGAAUUACGUCACCAGUCAAUGAGAGCCUGGCAGUCAAGUCUGACAAUGAGGUCUCAUUGCACGGUGCCGAGGGCGUACACAUAGAAAGCAAGGAUAUCGUGUGGAGUGCCGAUCUUGAUAUCUUCUUAAAGAGUGUAAAUGGCAGCGUCGUGUUGGACGCCAAGGAUGGCGUUUUCAUCGACGUGGAGGAUAUUCCGGUAGCACCGAUGUUCCUGCAAAGCCCGACGACGAGCUAUGAGCAGUACAAAGUUUGUGUAUGUAUGCCACAGGGCAAACUUUUCAAGAUACCAGUCCGACCGGGUGCAAGUUCUCGUACGGUUAAUUGCGCACGAGUCGUCAAAACUCCGGAGAAUGAUCCUUGCCUACACUAGAUUCUAAGUGAAGACAAAUGUAUUCUACUAUACACUUUGUUACACGCUUAAAUAACGUGUACAUCACUGCCAAAGUGCAUACAAAAUAUAGGCAUAUUUCGAAUAAUGUGUACACAAUAUUAUGAGAUUUAAUGUGCACACCUCAUCAGUAGACAAUACGUGGACGAGUAUAUUCGAAAUAGUAAAAAAAAAAAACCAGCUGAUCUCCCAAAUAUUUACACGAUAUCACUGCAACACAGUCAUUAUCCAAAUUUAAGGAGAUCAGAUUUCAA